CUAGCCUUUCUAAGUUCGAAGGCUACUUUUCUGUUUUCUUUCGAAUACAUUUUAAAACCAAAAGUCUGAUUCUGCCUUCUGUUUCAAGUUGUUAAUUGUUAUGAAGCUAGCUCAUAAUGUUUUCCUUUCCAAAUAUUAUUACUAAUGCUGUGCCCAUUAUUGUUGGUGGUAUGAGUGUUACGCUUGCUGCAUACAUCACAAGGAAAUAUUGGCUGAAAGAAGAUAUAAACGACGAUGAUGACUUUGUGAAUGAAGUGUUAUUUUUCAGCAACCAAGGAAUAGCAUGUAGGGACCAUUUCAAGAAUGAACUUAUCAAUAAAAAGACUUGUCAUUUAGAAAAUUGCUCUUACUACAAUUUAAGGCGUAUGAUUUACUACCUUGAAAAAACAGAAAGAACUCUGGAUAUCUGCCUAUACUUGAUAACAUUGUUCGAUCUUAGUCAAAUUGUUGUCCAGGCUCACAAGAGGGGGGUCAAAGUGAGAAUAAUAACAGAUGAAGAUAUGGCUAACGGAUCUGGGUCCCAAGUACACAGUUUCUUUGAGAAUGGUAUCCCAGUCAGAUUCAGACGUAAAUGCACGACGUUGAUGCAUCACAAGUUUGUCAUCAUUGACAAAAGACUCCUGAUGACUGGGUCUCUCAACUGGACGAUGCAAGCCUUAUGUGGAAACUGGGACAACCUAAUAAUCACGUCCCAGCGUCAGAUUGUAGCUGCUUUUAUCUCUGAAUAUGAACGACUCUGGCAAGACAUGAAUUAAAUAUCUUCUAUGUGAACAAAGAAGGCUGUUGGCAAAUAGAAUACAUUUGCCAACACUUGUAACACAUUACAUUUACAUUGUGUUGUACAUUUGUGUUACACUUAGGCCCGUAAGUUUUUUGAAACUGCAUAUGUUUUUUUAUGAUCUCGUGAAACUACCAGUGUGCUGGAAAAUUGAACAUAACGUUUUAGGUUUGUAUCCUGAAACCCUUAUUAAUUAGGUCUUGCUUUAAAAUAAGAAAUAGAGUACUCAAACAAAUAAGGGUCUUGAUUGAUAUUUUUAUAUUUUUACAAGAAUGGACUGGACAGUCUUUGAAACUAGCCUUAUGUUUGAUAGUAAAUAAAUAAAUGAAACAAAAAAAUGUUUGUUUCACUGCGUUUUAUUAACCAAUAUAGGCAUACUUAACAGUAAAAAAUAUUUUUGUGCAAAAAAUUUCAUAAGCUUGCUUUAGCAGUAAAAUAGGCUAAGGCUAUGUGAAUAUGAAAUAUAUACGUAGCGAGUCCAAUAAUUCCAAGAUAUAGUCAAGAAAUGGUGUUCUAGAGUAUGUUAUGAAGUUAAUUUUUUCUGUUGAAGUAUAUUCUGUAUGAAGUGUA